AAUUAUUUGUCGUGAUGGCUUUAUCUCGGAUAAACUCGAUUGGAUUAUUUUGUUCUCAAUUGUUAAUCUUACUGUAUCCCUUUGUUCUUUGCAAUAUUUCUUAUACGACUGUCGAAAUAGACACUUUAGAGCCACAAAACGUUACUCCGUGUUUUAGCUUUAAUGGUUACAAAAUUCUUGUUUUGAACGAGUCUUUAUCAUGGACUGAAGCGGAAUAUAGUUGUAAAAAAUUGGGGUUUAAGGGAUUAAUAUUCAUCAAUCAGAACUGGAGACAAUGGGUAUCCGUCCGAGAAGUUAUACAACGUGCUGGAUUUCCUGAAAACAUUACAUUUUGGACAGGACAUUUUCGACCAUAUUUUCACAUAAAAGAAUGGUAUCGACUGAAAGGGAACGGUUGUGAACAAUCUCACGACAGUAUUGUUAUAACGGGUGACAUUAAACAGUUUCAUCAAUGUGCUGGUGUACAGUGGGAAACGUACACACAGUCUCAGCGACAUGUGGCAAAAAACUGUUCAGAAAUGUUGCCAUAUAUAUGCUAUAACAAUGCAGAUCCUGCAUAUUGGUCUUUAUAUGUUAAUUUUGCAACCGGACAAAACUUGUCGGGAGCAUAUCUUGUGCUUAACGACUCAAUAAACACGUUUAAUGAUUGUAUGCAUACAUGUACAGAACACCAUGCAUGUUUAUCGUUUACUUUUAACUACAAUUCUUCAAACUGUACGAUGUUUAAUAUUCUAUCCGGAUUCGGAAUGGUUACAUACGAGGUAGAGCCAGGAUUUGAAAACAUAACGCAUGGAGUGAAGACAGGUUGCAAUAUUUCAGUGAGUGAUACGCCUGGAAAUAUCUCAGUAACCAAUGUUGACCCUAAUCUUCCAAAUUGCGGAUUAUCACCAAUACCUUCAAACUAUUGUCAGCUCUUUUAUACCAUGGAAUCAAAUAGUUCUUUUGAUGGUAAAGUAGAGGACCAAAUUGUUAACGAACUGAUCUCGAACCUCUCUGUGGACAUUAAAUCAACUUCAUCAUACAUUCGAAAGCACACGAGUGCGUCCGAUUCACGAGCGUCUGCUACAUUCUUUGGGACCGUGGGAGCAAUAGUGCUCACAGUUGUGAUAUCACUUCCGGUAAUUGCUGACAGUAUGACAUUAUACUUUUAUAGGAAGCUUCAGCAGAAUAUCAAAUCAAAGAAAAAGAAUCGGAAACUAUACAAAGACAGCCGCAAUUUACGUUUACGUUGUCAUUCUACUAAUUUAUUCGCUUGA